AUGGCCAAACUCAACCGCGAGAUCACGCUUGCUGCGAACGACGGCUCCGACACGUUGCAACAUGUCAUUUCCACUCGUUCACAGACUUUCAAUGCAAUCAAUGUUGCCACUGCUCUCCAUCGACUGUCCCGCUUUCAUGCCUCUGACAAUGUUACAAAAGGUCCCUUGGCGCACAGUGAAGCAUUGCAAGCCCUGCUGUUGAGAACGGUGGAUGUGCUUCAGCUGCCAGCCAGCGAGUGUGAUGCGAAGGCUGUUUCUACAAUUGCAUAUUCGUUAGCUGGGCUUGGCGUGCGAGAUGCUGAUGUUGCCAAAGCCGUGAUUAUUGCUUCCCUCAACAGGCUGCAGGACUUGGACCGUCAAGGUGUAGCGAACUUGACGUGGGCCUUGUCCAAGUUGCCCAGGGUGGACAAACGAUCAAAGUUAGCAAAGAAGCUCGCCCUGCUGGCUCGCAACCUUGUCUGGGAUUUCCUGCCUCAAGAACUUUGCAACAUUCUGUGGGCAUUGAGCAAGCUUGGGGUCCGGGACAACAAGCUUAUGUCAUUGGCAAGUGAGGCGGUGCGAGGCACACUUUCCUCUUACACACCGCAAGGGCUGUCCACAUUGGCUGCAGCUUAUGCCCGCGCAGGAGUUUUCGUGGAGGCACUGUUGGAUGAGAUUGGGGAACAGGCUCAGGCACGAUUGACUGAGCUGAAUGCUCGUGAUGCUGCGCAACUUGUUUGGAGUCAUGCAAAAUUCAAGCUUUGUCGCGAGCCUUUGCUAGAGCAGCUGUGCAGUCAUUCGGCUGCUUUGGUUGAAGGAGAAGGCACUGAGAUCAUCGUCUCCUUCUUGUGGUCUUUCGGCACGCUUCGGUGGGUGCCAAAGAAGAAGUUCAUGAAGUCACUAGUAACAAGGGCAACCGCACUGGUGCCAUCACUUGGAGCCCACCGAAGCGUACGACUGCUGACUGCUGUGGCAAAGCUUGCGUUCAAGGAAAGCCUAGACCUUACGGUCCUGACGCAAAGUCUUGUUGGAAGCCUGCGGCUGCUUUAUGUGCGCAUGAGUGCGCAAGAAGUUGGAAUCAGUGCAUGGGCCCUUGCAACAUUGAAGCCGCAAGGGUGGAAGAAAGUGCUGGGAAAUCUAGUUUCCCGUGCGGCAGAAGCAGACGUGAUAUCUGAUUUAAACUGGUGGUCUGUGGCACACAUCGAAUUUGCAAUCAGGACUGCCUUGGACGAAUCGCCCAACUGCAAGCCACUUGCAGCUGCUCCACAGUUGCUCCAAUUGUUGACUCAUCGAUGUGAAGAGGAAGUCAAUCAGAUUCAACAGGUAAGCCGUUCAUUUCAAGAAGGUCCACUGAUUGCUGCCGCAAAUUGCGAGCCGUGGCAGCACGCACCCAAGCAUGCCGGCACACAAACUGCACUUGUGUUUGGCCCCGGCCGCCACGUUCGAGCUGCCUUGCGGAGAAGUGGCUUCCAAGUGAUACAGUGGUAUCGCUUUGCAGUGGGCGAUAAAAAGGCUCAGCCCUGGCCUCCAGAUGGAGUUUUCAGUGCAGCCGCAAUGAAGUACCCUGACUCCUAUGAAGCCUUUGAGUAUGCCUUGCACGCUGUGGCUGCAUCGUUGCCGCUCGCGGCUCCAGCCUGGGUUUACGGAGAUGUGAAGGAAGGGGUUCUCAGCACGACCAGGGCCAUCAAAGGAUUAUUUCGACUUUUGGAAAUCAAAGAAGAGGGGGAUUUGAGGAUCCUCUCUUUGCAGCGAACGGGUGGGGAGGCUCGGGCUUGCCUGGACAAAUGGUUCAAGCAAGAAAGGGUGACAUUUCCGACAACUCCCAAAGCUCUUACGUGGUGGUCCAUGCCCGGUCUUUUUGCUGGUGGCUUCCUUGACGUCAUGUCGAGCUUUCUUUUAGCUACUUUGCAUAAGGUUUCUAGCACAGACUGUGCAGAGAAACCGCUGUGGCUGCGCACGCAGCACUGCAAGGUGAUUGAUUUUGCCAGCGGGACAGGGGUGCUUGCAGCUGGAGUACAAUCUAUGCUGCGCUGUGACGGCGAGAUGUGGUUAAUAGACGCCGACUCUGUAGCACUCCAGGCUGCCAGCAAGAACCUCCCAAACGCCCACAUUGUCUUGGCUGACGGAUUCAAGGGAGUCCAGAGCGCAGAUACGCCACCGGAGCAAUGCCACUUGAUUGUAUCCAACCCACCAGUUCAUCGUGGCCAUGCUGACGACCUCCAAGUGCUGGUUGAUCUUCUACAGCAAGCUCCGCACUGGUUGCUGGAAGACGGCGAGCUUUGGUUAGUGACGCAGGAGCAUAUUCCCACAGGGCGCCUCUUCGAGAUAACCCAAGCCACAGAGAAGCAGUUCAAUAUUACUAUGCACGCCACAGCGGAUGGUCGAUUUGUGGUGUGGCAAGUGCAGUACUCUAGCCGCACUUCCCGAAAGCGAAAGCAUUGCGACGCGAGCGACACCUCACCGAAAAACUUGUUUAGCACAAGACGCAUGCUGUUGCAUGGCCACCUUGUCCACAUCACUCGGUGCAAGGGUUUGCUCGUCUGA